UUGCCGAGGCCAGAGAAGACAACUAGAUUUUCAUCGACACAAAAUGGCUACCAUGAUGAAAUUCUGUAUUUUCUUGAUCAUUGCGGUCUUUCUUUUGACCACCACUGAAGCCAAAAGCAUUGGGGAGAAAGAAAAGACACUUUAUCCUUCAGACUUAGACCUGUUAAAUGACGACGGAACUAUGGAUACAGCUCUGAUCAACUACUUGUUCGCCCGUCAAAUGAUAAGACGUCUCAGUAAAAAUCUAGACAUCAGCGACCUCCAGCGGAAGCGAUCUUACUGGAAGCAGUGUGCAUUUAACGCCGUUUCCUGUUUCGGACGGAAAUAAGCAAAUAUAUUACAACUCAGCUGAAGUUUUAAUAAUCUAACAAAAUAAUAAUAUAAAAAAAUGAUUGGCUGAGAUAAAUGUAUGUGUGUUUUUUUGGUUUUGUUUUAAACUUGCACAAUGCUAGUUCUUCAAACAAAUAAAGAAAAACAUUAUAUCCAGAGUCUUCUUUCAUGACGGCAUGCUCAUCUGCAUGCAGUUUAAGUUGUAAUCGGGUAUUAUAACGUUUAAUUUAAAUAAGUAGUGUGUAGGUAACAAUACCCACCACCCCCUCCUUUGUUGUUCUCUAGACUUAGCCUUAUAACAAUAUCUUCUAAAAUUGUAAUUAAAGUUGUGUGUUACAAAAAAAAAAA